UUUCCGUUUCUUCACCUUCCCUUUGGUGUUUUCUGCAACAUUCAAAAAAACCCUAAUUACACCCAAAAAAAAAAAGAGAUUGCUUUCCUAAUAAUCCUCUCCAACGAUCUCCCCCGAGCAAAAAUUCGAUUCGCCUCACGGUGAGCACCUCGAACCCUCGAAUCGAAGAGUUCCCUUCAGGUACAAGAGGUUGGAAACUCUCUGAUUUUUAAAAGAUGAACACACAGCAGGGGUGGAGAUCAACCCGAGGGAUCAGACGGAGGAAAGCGUUGAUUGAUCUUAACGUGGCACCCAGUGAUGUUGAAGGCACCUCUGCUGCUUCUGUCAGAGCAUCAUCUCCCAUUUUGACUACACCUAGUUGUGAUCUUCAAAGGGAGUCUGUGGCGCCUUCUCACCCUGCUCCCACCACGAUUGAUGUAGAUGCUAUCGAAGAUGAUGUUGUUGAAUCAUCCGCAAUUGCUUUUGCUGAAGCUAGAAGUAAAUCAACAGGUACACGUCGGAGGCGUUUGAUGGUUGAUGUAGAGUCGGGUGGUACGACUAGAUUUUCUGUCGACAUGAGCAACAAACGGAGGAGGGUUCCUCCUAAUCAACCUGUCAUCGACUGUGAGCAUGUCCCUGUUGACACCUUGUCUAGCUCAAAGGCUCCACCUCCUCCACCAGAGGAGCCAAAAUUCUCUUGCCCAAUUUGUAUGUGCCCGUUUACUGAGGAGAUGUCAACCAAAUGCGGCCACAUCUUCUGCAAGGCAUGUAUAAAGAUGGCGAUAUCUCGCCAAAACAAGUGCCCUACUUGUAGGAAAAAAGUGACUGCGAAAGAGCUGAUUCGAGUAUUCCUUCCAACCACCAGAUGAUUGGUACAUCGACAGUACCAGCCACCUUGACAAUGGUUUGUCACAGGUCUAAUGGUUUGUCUGACUCUAUCCUCAAAUUCGCGAGGACUUCGAGGAACUGGCGUUUUAGUUUGAAGAAACAAACUUCAUUGUUUAAGAAGGCCCUACCAUUUAGUGGUAAUGUCAAAUUCCGAGGUUAACUCUUGGUUUACUAGUUGUUGUCUUAUGUAAUUUAGUGUCUCUGCAAACCUCAAGUCGAUGCCUCUGUCUCUGUUACAGAUGAAAAAUAUAUAUAUGGAAACAAAAAUUUGAUACUGAA